GUUGCAGCGUGGCUGACGACGGCAGCCGCAAAGACAUGUUCAAACACAUUUUUUUGACAGGACCUCCAGGUGUGGGCAAAACCACUUUGGUCCAGAAGGCUUGUGACGCUUUAGUGUCAUCAGGUCAUGCUUUGGAAGGCUUUUACACCGAAGAGGUCAGGGAAGGUGGUCGACGGGUGGGGUUUGAUGUGGUCACAGUGAGUGGAGAAAGAGGCCACCUGUCCAGAAUCAGAGACAUUGCUGGUGCCUCUCACGGCAGACCCGAGCACACAGUUGGCCAGUAUGUGGUUAAUUUACCUUCAUUCGAAAGCCUGACUCUCCCCCUCUUCAAGAAGGUGGGCGUAAAUGACGGGCGAGGCAAGAAAGUGUUUGUCCUCGACGAGAUUGGUAAAAUGGAACUGUUCAGCCAGCCGUUCAUCAGGGCAGUGAGACAGACACUAGACUGCUCAUCGUGCACCAUCUUGGGCACCAUCCCCAUUCCCAAGGGCAAACCCUUAGGCCUGGUGGAAGAGGUGCGGAUUAGGAGUGAUGUCAGAGUCUUCACGGUGUCUAAGGAAAACAGGAAUUUCAUUCUGCAGGAUAUUCUCUCAGCACUCCAGGAAUGUUUAAAACAGCAAAGCUAACAUUGAAAAUAUUAUAUAAAACUAAAAUAUGUUGUUUACUUGUUUAGACUUUACCUAAACACCCCCAGUUGCUUGAUGAGUCGGCGUGUCGCAUGCAUUUAUUUAUGUACACAUUUUACUUUUUGCCUGUUGCCCGCUCAAAAUAGAUUGAAUGCUGAAUAAUUGAUCAUGAGAUGCAAGUUGCCGUUCUCAAACAACUGUUAGUCCUAAAAUCUCAAUUGUUUGAUUUCAGUUGGGUUCAUUUUUGAGCGUAAUGAUAAUUUCCCUUUGGAGUUUGAGGGCACGCUCAUUGAAAUCCAGUCAAAACGUAAUAGUGGUCAUGUGUUCACUUAUUAUAAAUUUGUAUUUAUUGGAUAAGUAAGUGAAAAAUGCUGAAAAAUAAACUUAUUUUCACAGUUGUUUCAGGUUUUUACAUUACAUGUCUUAUUUUUCUACCCCACCGGCAUACAUUAGACUUGUAUGCCUGUAGUGUAUGCUGCAGGUACUCACUGAUUUGUUGUGAGUGCAGAAGACAAAUAACAGGUAUUUUGUAUGGAAUUUGUGUGUUUUUGUCAGAUGUCAACAUGGCCCAGAAAUGGUAUAAU